UACCCUUUAUUAGCGGAUGUGACCUCUCAACCUUUGACCCAGUCAUUUCGCCGUUCCUGUGCGUGUGUGUUUCAUUCCUUCUUCACACCAGACAAAUACGAUGGCAGAGGAAAACCUCUUGAGCUUGGAAGACAAGGACGAAGAUGAGAUAGACGAAACAUUGGCCGAGAGGAUAAUUGGCCUGUCCGAGAUGUUCCCCGAAAGCCUACGCAACACGACCUGUUCGUUGUGCAGCUUAUCGCUCAAUUACGCAAGGUUGUUGUACAGUCUCACUCGGUCAGUGGCAUGGAUCUUCGUGUCUUCGGCGACCAUUAUCGUACUCCCAGCCCUGUUCGAAUCCGAAAGGGCUCAGGCACAAGAGCAGCAACUUCAGCAACAAAGACAGAUCCUUCUUGGCCCAAAUGCUGCUGUGUCUGGUUCCGCGCCUGGGUUACUUCCUGGAGUUGGGAGUGCCCCACCGAGAGUCUAAUGAGAGAGGUUGAAUCUGUGCAUCACUUACUCAUCAUGUGUAGUCACCAUUUUUUAUUAUUAUUAUUAUUAUUAUUAGGAUGAUGAUUAUUAUAAUUUAUUUAUUAUUAUUAUUGUUUAGGCUGUCAGAUUAUUUUAAUUAAAUAUUAUUUCGCUCACAGAUA